GCCAUGGCGUCCAUGGAGGAAGAGCAGACCUGCUCGGUCUGCAGAGACAGCUACAGCCAGGCCCACCCGCUGCCCUGCGGCCACAGCCUCUGCCCCGCCUGCGUCCGCGAGGCCUGGAGCGACCCGGGCGAAGCGAAAGGCCGCUUCGCUUGCCCCCAGUGUCAGGAGGAGCAGGGCCAGGUGCUGUGCGACUGCUGCCCUUCGGAGGCGGACGAGGGACAGCCGUCGCUGGCCGUCAAGACCUGCCUGAAGUGCGAGGUGUCGCUGUGCGCGCGACACCUGCAGCCCCAUCUGGAGCGGCCAGCAUUCCUCACUCACCUCUUGGUGGACCCGCUGGGGGACAUAUCGCAGCGGAGGUGUCCGGCGCACGCCGAGGUCUUCCGCUAUUACUGCGCCGACGAGAGGCUGUACGUGUGCGCCGACUGUCUGCUGGAAGGAGGCCACGCUCAGCACAAAGUGAAGGCGCUGAGACAGGUGGAGGCAGACCUGAAGGUCAUUCUACAGACGCUGCUCGAUAAAGCCGAGGAGAAACUGAGGGAUGGAGAGCAAAUUCUCAAAGAACAUGAAAAUAUUGACUCGGUCAUGACUGACUCACUGAAGGAGGACGACACCCAAAUAGACAAGCUGGGUUCAGACCUGCAGGUCCAAGUGCAAAAACUAGUGGUGGCUCUGAGGGAGAUCACAAAGAAGGAGCGACAGCAGGUCAUGGAGCGCGUGCACGAAGACUGCUCCAAAGUGAGGGGCGGCAUGAGCGAGACGCUGGGCAUCCAGCACUACCUGGCGUCCCUGCUGGCCGAGACAGACCCCUUCCUGCUCAUCUGGGCCUUUCAGUCAGAUGACACAAAGUUAUUAGCCGACCUGAAUGGACCAGUUUUCGUCCCCGAUCCUAUCAGUCUGGACAGAAAACACAUCUUGGAGGAUAUAGAAAGCAAGUAUCGGGAGUUUAUCACCGCCACCCUGCGCUGCCUCAGUGACCUCAAGAGAGAGCUCUUGACGAGCCCGUUAACUCUGGACACGAACACGGCCCAUCCUCUGCUCAGCAUCUCAGACGACCUCCGCUCGGUCACGCGGGUCAAAAGCCGCCUGCCCUGCGCCGCUCACCCGGAGCGCUUCGACCACUGGCCGCAGGUCCUCACAGCUCAGAGCUUCUCCUCUGGGACUCACUACUGGGAGCUGGAGGCCGAGGGAUUCUGGGACAUCGGCGUCUGCUACCGGAAAAUCGGCCGCAAGGGGAAGGAGGGCAACGCCUUCGGUAACAACAAGGUGUCAUGGAGCUUGACGCAGCAGCACGACAAAAAGCUGGCAGCCUGGCACAACCGCCGGAAGACCCGCCUGGCGUACCAGAUGAUCGGCAGCCGAGUGGCCUUGGCCGUGGACUACAGCGCAGGCACCAUCACCUUCUCUGAGGUGGGGCCAUCCAGCAACUUGAUCCACCUCCACACCUUCUCCACCACCUUCACCCAGCCUCUGUGUUUGGGUUUCGGCGUGUACAAAGCUGCACUCAACAGCCGAAUCUCAAUCGUCAAGGUCUGAGGUGACGGAGGACUGA